CCUGAGCGCCGAGCACUCCACUCGGAACUUGCCAAGCUUGUCGGGUUGCCGCUUCCGCCAUGCUAGCAAUUGCAAGGAUGUCCAACCACAGGGUCACAACGGCUAUUACGAGGACUUGUGCAAUUGUUUCACAUAUGUCUACAAGUGCAACAUCUUCCCUUGACCAGCCAGUACUCUUCCAGUCCAAUGGUUACACUCGAACAUUCGUGCUAAACAGGGCCAAAAAGCUCAAUACUCUAAAUACCGCCACGGUGGAUACACUCCGACACCAGGUCGAUCUGUGGUCAAAGUCCGACCUUUGUCAAAUCAUUAUCGGAACUGGCUCAGGCCGCGCCUUCUGUGCGGGGGGAGAUGUUACGUCUGUUCUACGCGAUGCUCUAGAUGCAGGGACACGACCAAAAGCAUUGGAUUUUUUUAGGAAAGAGUUUGAACUGGUUUACGUCCUGUCACAACUACCUAAGCCAUAUGUGGCUGUCUUGGACGGCAUUACCAUGGGUGGAGGCGUAGGUCUUUCCAUAAACGCACCUUUCAGGGUAGCGACAGAGAAGACUGUGUUUGCUAUGCCAGAAACAAAAAUAGGCUUUUUCCCGGAUGUAGGAGCAAGCUACUUCCUGCCGAGGUUGGAGGGUGAAGUGGGCACAUAUCUUGCUUUGACGUCAGAAACUCUCGUUGGGAGAGAAGUCUUUGAGCACGGUCUUGCCACGCACUAUAUCACAUCACGAUCAGUUCCAAGCCUGCUUGCACACCUGGCCGCACUUGAGAACCCAAGUUUCUCGCAAAUUAACCGCACUAUCGAAGAGCUGCAUAUCGAACGUCAACCAAACGAGGCACAUAGUAAACUGACCGGCAACGUUCGCGAGGCGUUGGAUGCUGCGUUCUGUCACGAUACCGUGGAAGAGAUCAUACAAAGCUUGGAGGCCUCCACCGAGGCUCCUGACACGCGCGUUCGGUUAUGGGCCAAACAAACUUUGGAGACUUUGCACAUGCGCAGUCCCACCAGCCUCAAAGUUACCCUCUCAGCUCAAAGACGGGGGAGGGAAAUGUCCUUGUUGGAAGCAUUGCAAAUGGAAAUUGGAAUUGCCGCAGCAUAUUGUAGUGAUGCAAGUCAGGAUUUCUGCACUGGCAUUACCGCAGCUUUGAUCGACAAAAUUCAAGGUCGGCCAGCGUGGUCCCCUGACAAUGUCAGUGACGUCUCCUCCGAGACCGUACACCGGUUUUUCUCCGAGCAAUCGCCCUAUCGAUCCUUGGCACACAAGUUAUCGGUGGACAACCUCCCGGGUCGGAAUUUUGACUUCAUGACUUACAGUCUGCCAUCCGAAUCGGAGUUGUUAGACUCGAUUCAACCAGCCUGCAAGAAAGGGCCCGUGACUAUCCCUGACCUGCUGUACAGUCUGGAUAGUAUAUGCAAACGUAAAUUCGGCAUCGCGGAGAAGAUUCUAGACAUAGUGCAUCGUAAAUGCCACGUUACUACCAGCAAUGGAACGGCCACCGCCACUUGGAAGGGGGAAUGAUGCUGAUACCAUCGCGGUGGCUAAGGGAUAAAAUACCUGUGAACUUUAGUACUGUUGGCGCUGGUCGACUAUGUACAGCGUAAUUGAUGCGUUUUGGUGCCGCGCGGCUAAAAAUGUCCGUGUGUAUAGAGACAUUUGCUAGUCGUCUGUCCAAGGCUUACUUUCGCGAUUGCGUCGAGCUAUU